GGCUGUGGGAGCUGCUGCCUGCCAGCCUGCUGCCUCCUGGGACCCACGGCUCUACCCCUGCAGGGGUUCAGACGCCUUUGCUUCUGCCUCAAGAUGAUGUGACGUGUUUGGUAGCGCGGAGGAACCAUGAUGGCCACGCAGACGCUGAGCAUAGACGGCUACCAAGACGGGCAGCAAGUGCAAGUAGUGACAGAGUUAAAAACUGAGCAAGAACCCACCUGCUCUGAGCCAGAUGCGGAAGGGGUGAGCCCCCCUGCGGUGGAGCCCCAGACCCCCAUGGACGCGGACAAGCAGGCCAUUUACAGGCACCCGCUGUUCCCACUGUUGGCUCUACUCUUUGAGAAGUGCGAGCAGUCCACGCAGGGCUCCGAGGGCACCACGUCGGCCAGCUUCGACGUGGACAUCGAGAACUUCGUCAGAAAGCAGGAAAAGGAGGGGAGGCCGUUCUUCUGUGAGGACCCAGAGACAGACAACUUGAUGGUGAAGGCCAUCCAGGUGCUGCGCAUCCACCUCCUGGAGCUGGAGAAAGUGAAUGAGCUGUGCAAGGACUUCUGCAGCCGCUAUAUCGCGUGUCUCAAGACCAAGAUGAACAGUGAGACCCUGCUGAGUGGGGAGCCGGGGAGCCCCUACUCGCCCGUGCCAUCCCAGCAGAUUCAAAGUGCCAUCACGGGGACCCUCAGCCCUCAAGGCAUCGUGGUGCCCGCCUCCGCCCUGCAGCAGGGGAACGUAACCAUGGCGACAGUGGCAGGCGGCACGGUUUAUCAGCCUGUCACGGUCGUCACUCCACAGGGCCAGGUGGUCACGCAGGCACUGUCGCCUGGAACCAUUAGGAUCCAGAAUUCCCAGCUCCAGCUGCAGUUAAAUCAGGACCUGAGCAUCUUGCAUCAAGACGAUGGCUCCUCCAAGAACAAGCGGGGUGUCCUGCCCAAACAUGCCACCAACGUCAUGCGCUCCUGGCUUUUCCAGCACAUCGGGCAUCCCUACCCAACGGAGGAUGAGAAGAAGCAGAUCGCCGCUCAGACCAGUCUGACACUGCUCCAGGUCAACAACUGGUUCAUCAACGCCAGAAGGCGGAUCCUCCAGCCCAUGCUGGACUCCAGUUGCUCAGAGACCCCCAAGGCCAAGAAGAAAACUGCCCAGAACAGGCCGGUGCAGAGGUUCUGGCCUGACUCCAUCGCGUCAGGGGCCGCACAGCCUCCGCCGAGCGAGCUCGCCAUGCCCGAAGGAGCCGUUGUGACCAUUACCACGCCUGUGAACAUGAACGUGGACAGCCUGCAGUCACUUUCUUCUGACGGGGCCACCCUCGCCGUGCAGCAGGUGCUGAUGGCGGGGCAGAGCGAGGACGAGUCAGUGGACAGCGCCGAGGAGGACGGGGGCGCGCUGGCCGCAGGCCACCUCGGAGGGCUGGUGCUUGACAACAGCGGCCCCCUGCCCUAGACGGGCUGCUCCAGGACUUCCGGUUUGCACAGCAAACACCUUACAGUUUAUUUCUAAUGUUUUAUAUGUAGCUAUAGAAGAGUGCACUUUUGUAUUUCCUAGUGAGCCCAGGGAGCGCACAGCCCGUGCAGCAGCUUCCUCGGGGUGUGCGUGUGGGUUUUUAAAGUGGUCCCUGGCACGAACGUACCGAGUGGCCCCCGACCGAGUCGUCCCCGACCUGAUUAGGAAACAGUGCUGCUGCUUUGCCUAAGGUGGUGCGGCCUGAGCUCUGGGCUGCGGCUUGCUGCAGGCCCCGCAGGCUGGGGCAGGUGGCCCCCGUUCUGCUCGAAGCUUCUGCAGCCGGCAUUGCCCGUGUGAGGCGAUGGCAACACCAGCACAGACUGCCUGGUGCCCCGGUGCGUGGCUAGCAGCUCCACCAAGCUGGGGUGCCCUCGCCUCCAGGGAGCCUGUUUGGUUUGCUAUAUAUAUAAAAAAGAAACUCCUAUUUUUACCUUGCUGGAAUUAUUGGAUAAAAAGCUAUUUUUAUAAAUUCAUUAUGAAUUGGAUUAUGACUAUAUUGAGGAUGAAAUUUCUAGAGAUGACCCCGUCCAUGCUCCCUCUUCCUGUUGGAGCGUGGGGACUCAGCAGCCCGCGGAGCGCCGCCCUCAGACGGCCACCCUGGGCCCGGCCGGCAGCUCGCGUGGUCGGCGCCGUGGGCUCUGCAGGCUCGCUGUGUGUGCCGUGCAGGCGGCGUCCCAGGCCGGGCCCCGGGUGAGCGAGGGGGACAGCCGCCGGGGCUGCGCUGCAAGCUCUCCUCGGAGCUGGCCCUGGCCUGUGUGGCCCGACCACUUACGGUUCCUUCACCACAUUAACUGUAUUGUUCUAGAACUUUUUUUUAGUCACCGUAUGUUAUGCAUAAGAUGUUUGUUGUAAACUAGUGUGACACGCUUCUCCCCAUUGGUUCAGAGCCAGGGUGGCAGUGGCAGCAGGCCACAGGCUGUCUCGGGGGCACACCAGGGUGGCGGGGGCCGGCGUGCACCCCCAGCCCUGGGCUUCUCACCUUGCGAAGCCUCCAUCGCCUUGCCGCCCCCGCCGCCCUGGACCACUGAGGCUGGAGACCAUCGAGGGACGAAGACAAGCCCCAGGAAUAGCUUCGGUUGUGUGUCAUCCCCGUGGGCUGCCCCGUGUGGGGCGGUCAGGAGGCGAGCUGGUCCUGUGCUGCGACUCAGCGUGGGGCCACCUGCAGAGCCAGGUGUGCGCUGUGGGUGAGUGACUGUUUCAGCUGGUGUAGAUCUGCUUUUUGCUGGAACUUUUUCCUCGAAGAAGUAAGUGCUGAUUUAAGUCAGUCGGUUGAAGAGCAGAACGUUUCCUGAUUGACUUAGAAGUCAGUGAGAAGCGCAGAGCCGUCCAGCAGCUCCGGAGGUCAACCCAGGGCAGGUGGCGACAGCACCUCCUGUCAGGGCAAGCCGCCUUUCUCCGCAGCCAUUGGAUUCCUUAUUUAUGAGUAGGUUUUAACAUUUUAAGUCAGGUCUAGACAAAACUAAAAGAUGACUUAAGCUGUAUUCCUCCCAUUUUACUUCCAUUUGCUGGCACUUCUCAUCCCUCCCCCUCCUGCCUGGGCCGCUGUCCUGUCCGUGUUGACCCGAGAUGCCAGCACCUGCACAGGGGCCGCUCCCCGGCUGAGCCCGGCUCUCCUGGGCACACGUGCUGACUUCUGGCAGGAUGAAGCAGGUUUGGAAAGCCAGAGCUGAGGGAUCGGCCUGGGUUUCCUGUGCCCCUCUCCCCUCCCAUGGGCACCAGAGCUGCUCUGGUUGCGGUGGUCGCUGGUGACAGCUCCUGCCACCUGCCCCUGCUGUGUCCCCGCUCUGUUCUUCCUUACAAAGGGCCCCUGUGGGUGUGUCUUGAGGCCUGGAUCGGUGCGUGGCAGCCAAGCAGGUGGACAGGUGGACCCUGGCAGCGGCUGACUCUGCCCCCGUGGUCCAGUUCGACAUAGUCAGAUGUGUAGAUGUGCUUACCCAGAAUGCUGGGUAACUCCUUACAAGCCAGCAUGCUGGGGCAUUGCAUGUGGCCAGCGGAGGGCCCCAUCACGCCCAGGAGCAGCCACGGAGCACCGCUGGGGGCAUGGCCAGCGCUAGGCCCUCUGACGGAGAUGUAAGACAGCGAUCUCCCACUGACGGCCUCACAUUUGGUGUUUGAAACUGACAA